AUGCGGGGGGAGGGGAGGACAGUUGGGGGGACAGUUGGGAUAGGGAAGAUUCCCACAGAUGCUAGCCUCUCCCUCUAGGCAGAUGUGGGAACAGGCUUACAGGAAAUGGUGUCGCUGGCCCACACUGAGCAGGGCCUCUGGAUGGGAGGCCCUGUGGAGAUGUAGACAUUCUCUCUCUGGCCCUCAUUUUUGGGUGGUACCAAGCAGGGGGUAUGAAGAUGCGAGAGAGCCGUGCUCAGGGGAAAGAUGGCAGAUACUGAAAUUCUGAAAGUCCAGCCCUGAGCGCUUCUGCCCUGUGAGCCUGUUAAGUCUGCUCAAGAGAGCAGCACCUCGCUGGGGCCUCUCUCCUCCAGCUGCUCCUACUUGAACAUCCUGAGGGCACGGAAAGACAGAACCCAAGCCAGAACCCCAGCAGGAGGAUGCUCACCAGCACAGACCCAGUCCUGAGUACCACUGUACCCAGGGAGGCAGGCUAGCAGCCAUCAGGGCUCCCAGCUGCAGAAGUGAGGGUACCUGGGCAGGACAGACUCACCCCCGAGAAGUCUAACGUUGCAUUUCUGGGUCACCAUGUCCUAGGGUGAAUGACGCAAUGACACUUGGUGACAGGGGCUAGACAUGUGGCCCGUCUGCUCACCUCCUUCCCCCUCUUACACGCCUAUGUAUGGAUGAGGCUGUGCCAGGCGGUGGUAAAUUGUCCCGAGUGGGAGCCUUGGUUUACUUUCAGCCCCUUCCCUGUACCAUGUGCGUGCCUAGAUUGAGCUGAUGUGUAGGGGAAACAGCUGGGGCUAUGGGGCUGGGGAAAGCAGUUCCACCCUGCAGGAGACACCCUGACUCUGAGCGGUUGGGAGCCAGAGAAGGGCUGAGAGUCUCCACGAGUUCUGGGUGCAGUUCUGGAUGUAGCAAGUGCCACAUUCCAAUGGGAGUGGGAUGAGGAGCCCCCAGGGACUGUGGUGCCGGCAGGAAAGGCCGUGGGCGUCACUGGUGGUGAAAGAGUUAACCGCAGCAGCUGGCCCUUCUCUUCAAGAAGAAAACUCCCUGUAGAUGGCUGGCCUGCCUCCAGGGCCAGGCUGUAGGAGCUAAAAACUGGAAGUUCAGACCUGUGGCCAGAUCUGCCUCUGUAGCAAGUACUGGAGGAAGGUAGCGGCCUGGCCACUGUGUGUGUGUGUGUCUGUCUGUCUGUCUGUCUGUCUGUUUGUUUCUCCAUAAACCCAUCAGGUCAACUGACUGGCUUCCUCUGUAAACCUGCCUGCCCACCUAUCUGUAAGCCUAUCUGUUAUCUUUUCUAGCCAGCUGUCUGGCCUGUGUGAUAAUUUAUCUCUAUCUCUGUACCCAUUGGUUUUUUUUUUCCAUCUGUCUGGUUGCUUGAGUUUACCCAUAGAGUUUCUUUCCCGUUCAUCUGCCGGUCCGUCUAUUUCUCUGUCCACGGCCCUGUGUGUCCACCUGCCACCCUCUCUCUUCCUGAACCUCUGAGCCAUGGCCUGGAGUCACAGGGCCACAGUCUGCCUGGUCCUGCUAGGUCUGGGUCUGAGUCUGGCCAUCGUUGUGUUGGCUGUGGCCCUCUCUCACCACCGUGCCUCUUGUGGCCCUGGGGCCUUUGCACAUGCUGCCGUCGCUGCUGACUCCAAGAUCUGCUCAGAUAUUGGACGAGCCAUCCUCCAGCAACAGGGCUCACCCACGGACGCUGCCAUCGCUGCCUUGAUCUGUACUGGUGUCGUUAACCCACAGAGCAUGGGUCUGGGAGGAGGGGUCAUCUUCACCAUCUACAAUGCGACAACAGGGAAGGUGGAAGUCAUCAAUGCUCGGGAGACAGUGCCAGCCAGCCAUGUCUGGGGCCUGCUAGACCAGUGCAAAAAGGCCCAGCCACUGGGCACAGGUGCCCAGUGGAUUGGGGUUCCUGGGGAGCUCCGUGGCUAUGCUGAGGCCCACCGCCGACACGGCCGCCUGCCUUGGGCCCAACUUUUCCAACCUACCAUCUCUAUGCUCCGAGAGGGUUUCCGUGUGCCCUCUGUCCUCAGCCAGUACCUCAGCCACAACUUCCUGCGGCCCUUCUUGUAUUCGUCAUCCCUGAGACAGCUCUUCUUCAAUGGGACAGAAACCUUGAGAUCUCAGGACCCAUUUCCAUGGCCUGCCCUGGCCAACACCCUGGAGACUGUGGCCAUGGAGGGUGCUGAGGCCUUAUACACAGGGAGGCUGGGCCACAUGCUGGUGGAGGACAUUGCCAAGGAAGGAAGUCGGCUGACAGUUCAGGAUUUGGCUGCCUUUCAGCCUGACGUGGCGGCUCCCCUGGAGAUGACCCUGGGAAACUACACCCUGUACUCACCACCACCGCCUGCAGGGGGUGCUAUUCUUAACUUCAUUCUCAAUGUGCUGCAAGGGUUCAACUUCUCGGCAGAGACGGUGGCCCGGCCUGAAGGAAAAGUGAACAUGUACCAUCACCUUGUAGAGACACUCAAGUUUGCAGUAGGGCAGAGGUGGUGGCUCUGGGACUCCUACAGCCGCCCAGGGAUACAGAACACCUCCCAGAACCUUCUCAGGGAGGCUCUAGCCCAGCACAUCCGCCAGAAGAUUGACGGCCGCGGUGACCACCAGCUCAGUCACUACAACCUGACCGGGGUCAGGGGCAACAGGAUGGGCACCUCUCAUGUGUCCGUGUUGGGAGAGGACGGCAGUGCUGUGGCAGCUACCAGCACCAUCAACACACCCUUUGGAGCCAUGGUGUACUCACCUCGGACAGGCAUCCUCCUUAACAACGAGCUCCUGGACUUCUGCUGGAGGCACGAACCAGGUUCCACCGCCACUCCUCCACCUGUUCCAGGUGAGCGCCCACCGUCUUACAUGGUACCCUCCAUCUUGGUCAACAAGGCACAGGGAUCCAAGCUGGUGAUUGGUGGGGCUGGCGGGGAACUCAUCGUGUCUGCUGUGGUCCAGACCAUCAUGAAUAAGCUGUGGCUUGGCUUUGACCUGACAGAAGCCAUCGCAGCCCCCAUCCUACACGUCAAUAGCAAGGGCCAUGUGGAGUAUGAACCCAAGUUCAAUGAGGAGGUGAAGAAGGGGCUGCAAGACCGGGGCCAGAGCCAGAGCCAGAGCCCACGGCUCUUUUUCCUAAACACUGUCCAGGCUGUGUCCCAGGAAGGGCCCUGUGUCUAUGCAGCAUCUGACCAGAGGAAGGCUGGAAAGGCUUCGGGAUACUAAGACAACUUUGCCCAGAGAUAGGCUCUGACCCUAGAUGCGUCUUGGGUUGCAGAUGGCUGAGGCUGUAGGUCUAAGUGUUCCAGGACCUGGAGCCUUUGCUAAGAGAUCAACCUGGGCCUGAAGAGGACAGGGACCAGCUUGACAGAUGAAUGACUGAAGAGGGAAGGACUGAGUUGUCCGUGGUCCCUUCCCAACACCUCUGGUGACCCUGCUCUGGAUCUUCUAACCUCCCCUGGCAUUGUGUCCAUAUUCCAAAUGGUGUGCCUACCAGUCCAGGAUUAAAGAGGAGCUACACUA